AAUGCUAUUGAACAAGAAAUAAUCACUGUCUCUGGAAAUUCAGUGGGGACUUCAAUCGGGACCUCAACUCAAGCUGAAAUUAACUUUGUUGAUGUGGAAAAAUUAGACAACAAUGAAGACAACGCUUAUAACGUUUCCACUCCAAAGCCUACAACUAAAAGAUCCUUGGCAACAUCUAAAGAUGUUCAACAAUCAUCAACGAAGCCUAAGCUAAUGUCCAAGGCUCAGAUUAAGAAGGAAAAGAAAUGAUUGUACUUAAAACUGUCGUCUCUCUUAUUUUACUAUGUUAGGACUUAGGAUUUAGGAUUCUCACUUUUUCUUAGGACUUAGGAUUUCAGAUGUUAGGACUUAGGAUUAUCACUUUUUAAUUUGCGUUUUUCUUUUUAGUUUUAAGCCAUGUUAACUUUCAAAUUGAUAACUUUUCACGAUCCGUAUUUAAUCAGAAAAAUAUAUAUAGACUUAUGACCGA